AUGUCUUCAUUAUACGCCAAGUUGGUUAAAGGGGCGACCAAGAUAAAAAUGGCCCCUCCUAAGCAAAAAUACGUGGAUCCUAUUCUAUCAGGGACUUCGAACGCGCGAGGAUUACAAGAGAUUACCCAUGCCCUGGAUACAAGACUGUCUGAUACGGCGUGGACCAUUGUCUAUAAGGCACUGAUUGUGCUGCAUCUGAUGAUACAACAGGGUGAAAGAGAUGUCACUUUAAGGCAUUAUUCUCAUAAUUUGGAGGUCUUCCAGUUGAGAAAAAUUUCGCACACUUCUAAGUGGUCCUCCAAUGAUAUGAAGGCGUUGCAGAGGUAUGAUGAGUACUUGAAAGCCCGUUGUGAGGAGUACGGCAGGCUAGGAAUGGACCACCUACGAGACAACUACUCUUCGCUAAAACUGGGAAGCAAAAAUCAGCUUUCAAUGGAUGAAGAGUUAGAUCACGUCGAGUCAUUAGAAAUCCAAAUUAAUGCUUUGAUAAGAAACAAAUACUCUGUUUCAGAUCUAGAAAAUCAUUUGUUAUUAUAUGCGUUUCAAUUGCUGGUGCAAGAUUUACUAGGCCUAUACAAUGCCCUUAAUGAAGGUAUCAUUACUCUGUUGGAAUCGUUUUUCGAACUGUCCGUCGAGCACGCAAAGAGAACGCUGGAUCUUUACAGGGAUUUCGUCGAUAUGACGGAAUAUGUGGUUAGAUACCUAAAAAUAGGUAAAACCGUUGGCUUGAAAAUCCCUGUGAUAAAGCAUAUUACCACAAAGUUAAUCAAUUCUCUCGAAGACCACUUAAGGGAAGAAACGAAAAGACAAAGAAGCGAACCUCACGAACAACAACAAGAUAGAAAACCAUCUACAGCUAUUAGCUCCACCAGUAAUCACGACAACGACAACAACAACAACAACAACAACAACAGAUCUAUAGCGCAGCAGAAACUGGAACAGAUUAGGGAACAAAAAAGGCUGCUAGAGCAACAACUUCAAAACCAACAGCUGCUUAUUUCUCCAACAGUCCCGCAAGAUGCUUAUAAUCCGUUUGGCUCACAACAACAGAAUCUAAAUAGUGACACCUUCACAUUCGAGCCUGCUCAACCUCAGGUGGCCUCUCAAAUUCCUCAGCAGACCGGUAACCCAUUCUUGACGCAACAACAGCAACAGCCUUUGCAAGGGACGUCCGCAUAUGUGAUGCCACAACAAGCUGAAAUACCAAUAAAUUCGAACUUGAAUGGUCAACAGACUGGGAUAUACGCUUCUAACCUUCAAUACACUCCAAAUAUUAGCGAUUUGGGAUUUAGCAGUUAUACAGCUGUCGAUAGUCACCCAAUGACGAUGAACACUUUAGAACCAACGAAGACAGGAUCUAAAAAUCCAUUUUCAUUGGAGAAUAUUGCCAGAGACCAACAACAACAGCAACUACAAGCGUCUCCAAACCCAUUUACUUUACAGCAAGCACAAACUACACCAAUUCUUGCUCAAAGCCAAACAGGCAACCCAUUUCAAGCACAAAACAUGAUAACAUCACCGGGGGGUGCAUACAUGACUGGUCCGCCGGUUGAGUAUGCCUCCACUGGAAUGCAACCGCAACAACAAGUCAUGCAAGGCCAACAGACUGGGUAUGUCAUGGUUCCCACUACGUUUGUCCCUAUUAAUCAACAGCAACAACAACAGCAUCAACAAGAAAAUUCGAACUUAAUAGAUAUAUAG